AUGGAAACUGACGAAGCUCCUAAACCAAAGAAAGCACCCUACAAAUCAAAAAGAUACUUCCUAAGUUCAUUGAAUACUUACUUUGGUUAUCAAUUAGUACAACUGUGUACUCAUUUAGAUUUAAUAACUUCGCAAUGACAUUGAGCAUCCUGAAGAUCCAAAUCUUAUUGUAGGCACCACAAUCUUAUAAAGCAAAUACCCAUUGCAUCCAGCAGUUAGAAAAGUCAUCGAUGUAUGAUUAUCAAUCACUACCAAAAUAGCCAUCCAAAAUGUCAUUCUUAUAAAAAGUCAUCUUGGAUAGUGAUGUGAUAGUAUAUGACAUUAACACAUGCGAUCACAGUGAAUGCGAAUAUGCCAUAAAAACCUUGAAAUUAGGCACUUAUGACUAGGAAAAAAUAUUGAUCCUCGUUUCUUCAGUCAUGGCUUGGUCAGCAACCGAUCCCAAAGAAAAGAAGGCUGGAGAGGAAGAGGAAGAUGCUGGCUACCCUCCUGAAUCAGGAGAAGAAGAAGGCAAACCAUAAGAUGAUGCUGAAGAUGCACCUCCUAAGAAGGAAUACACUCGUUUUAAUGAAAGUGAUUAUCCUAAGAGGAAAGCUCUACCUGAAUUUGAGAGCUUGUGUUCUCUAGAAAGUCUUUGCUUGAGUAUUAAUAGGCCAAAUCUAAGAACAUUUAUACUUUGCGCAGGUAUUUUGUAUGGAAUGGGAGAAGAUCACUUCUACACUAAAUUCAAAGGGGCUUGGUUAUAGAAUACAAUAACAUUUUAUAAUAAAAAUAAAGUGCCGUGCAUUCACGUUAAAGAUUUGGCUUUGUUUGUGUAAAAGUUGGUUGAGAAACCAGUCAAUUAAAAAUAUAUCUUUGCAAUUGAUCACAAUCAAAAUCCCUCCCAUAAGGCCAUAAUAGAUUCAAUAUCUAAAGGAGUGGGAAAUCAGAAAAUUCAGCAAUCUGAUGAGGCAAUUCCUGAGUUCAAAAUUGAUCUCAGAAUGAAACCGACCAAAGUUUUCGAUGCUUUCCUUGAAGAAUAAGGAGAUCAAGGGGAUGAAGAACAGGCGGUUGAUAAAUUUACAUUUAAUUGGUGGUGCAAAGAAGGUAUAAGAGCUAAUAUUGCAAAAAUAAGAUAAGAAUUUGUUGAUUAUCAUAACCUAAAACCAAUUAGAAUUGCCAUUACAGGUCCACCUGGAAUUGGGAAAAGCACCAUUGCUAAUCAAAUAUCGACCUAUUUUAGUAUUCCUCACAUCACCAUCAAAGAACUGAUAUAGGAAUACUUGAAUUAAACAAGUGAGGAAGUCGAAUAAUUGAAGGCAAAUUUGGAAGAGAAUAGAAAUCAACUUGUUGAAGAAGCUAAAGCUCAAUAUGAUAUUUAAAGAGAAAAAAGGAAAUAAUUGAAAUAACCUUACAUCCCAUUUGAUGACAGUAAAAUCGAAGCAAGAUUAACUGAUGAAUAGUUGAUUACUAUUUAUAAAUGGCGAUUGAUGUAGAAUGAUUGUUAGAAUAGAGGGUUUAUUUUGGAUAAUUAUCCAAAGACAUAUGCAUAAGCCAAAUCACUAUUUUAUAAUACUGAAGGAGAGGGAGAGGAGUAGAAAGAAACUCUUAAUAAAUUGAUUUUGCCUGAACACUUUAUAGUGCUAGCUGGUAGUGAUGAAUAAAUAAUUGACAGGAUCAAGUUCUCAAAAACUCAUAAAUAUGACGAAGAGGUGCUUCUCAAAAGGUUGAAGAAUUACAGAGCACUCAAUACUAAAAAGGGAUACACUAUUUUGAUUGACUUCUAUAAGGAUUUGAAGGUGGACAUUUGUGAGAUCUCUGUGUUCAAUAAGUAGACUAAUAUUCAAGAUACAUGUAGAAGUUUUAUUGAGAGGGUAUGAUUUCGAUAAUUAUUUUAGAAUGGGAAGUAUAAGAAUUAUAAGCAGAUUGAAUAGGAUUUGGAAGAGAGUAGGUUGAAUGAGAAGAAAGAGUAGUUAUUGAAGUGGGAGGAGCAAAACUAAAAAUUGAAGGAGUUGAGGGAUAAGAAGGAAGAUGAGUUGUGGAAGAUUCAAGAGGAGGAGUACAGGAUUAAGUAGGAACAUAGUGUUAAUUAUGAGAAGGAAUUACUUGAUUCAAGGUCUCUGCCAUUAAGGUAUGUUUGUUAAAUAAAACAAUAGAUAAUAUUUGAAUGAUAAUGUAGUACCAUUUAUUACAGAAGGGUUGGUGGAGAUUGUUAAACAGAAUCCAGAAAAUGUGAUUGACUUUUUAUCCGAAUUCUUGUUUAAGAGAUCAUUGUAAGUCAGAUUCCCAGAUCCCAAAUUGUAUUUUGAGAAUUCUGAGUGAUCGACACCUAAUAACCAG